AUGUACAUUCAGAGGCGAGGGGAUGACCCUGUGGUGGCAGGCUUUCAGCCGCCCACUGUGGAGGAGCUAGCUCGGGCCAAAUCAGGGCUGAACUGGUUUCUCCGCCGUUUCUGCAGCCCCGUCUUUCUCUCAACUGUUGUAGAAAAAACUCCUGUUAACAGCAUUGCUGCUAGUAAAGGAGAUGGAGCUGUUGGAGGGAAUGGGGCUGCUGCUGAUAUCAGGGCUGCUAAUAACGGAGCAGCUAUUAAUGGGGCUGGUAGCAACGGAGCUGCUACUAACAGGGCUGCUGGCAAUGGGGGCGCUACGCUGGCGCCGGAGAUGAGUGUGUUGGUAUCAGAGCUCAUGGCGCAUGGCGUGGUGGUGAGGGGGCUGGCGCACCCCUUGGCGAUAGAUAUGUUCCACGAUAUCAACCUGCUGGUGGAGCAGGGCGAGCAGUACAAGGUGUUCGGAGCCGUGCCUGUCACCCCCGCCAACACCUACAAGGUCCUUGCCAACAAGGAAGCUGCGCUGCUGUUUCCUGGAGGCGUUCGGGAGGCUCUGAAGAAAAGGGGAGAGGACUAUCAGCUGUUUUGGCCUGAGCGAGCAGAGUUUGUUCGCAUGGCGGCAAAGCACGAAGCGACGAUCAUCCCGUUUGCGUGCGUUGGCGUGGAUGAUGGGUUCGAUAUCCUUGUGGAUGCGGACGAAAUGCCCGACGUGCCCAUCAUUGGCCCCAUGGCAGUGGAGGGCGUGCAGGCAUGGCCCAGAGUCAGGGAUGCAGCAGCAGCAGGGGCAGCAGCAGAGCAAUUCAUCCCACCAGUGGUGGUGCCUAAGGGGCUGAAUCGCCUCUACUUCCUCUUCGGAGCGCCCAUCAGAACAAAGGGCAUGUCCCACCUGCUGACAGACAAGGCUGCAGCAGCAGCGCUGUAUGCGCAUGUGAAGGGGGAGGUAGAGGGUGGGCUGCAGUACCUGCUGAGGAAGAGAAAGGAAGACCCUUACAAUGACCCUAAAUGCCCGCCCGGUUUGAACAAGGAACUUGCAGGAGCGUGCACUCCGAAAAAUUGCUCCAAGGGCGGAUUUGCCGCCAAGUGGAAAACCGCGUAUCUGCAGAAGAACAAGCUCGGUUACGAAUUGUACGUACCGGGUAACCCGCUGACGUUGCUCAAGGCGAACCCCGCGUCGUGCUGCAACACCUGCGCCGCGACGCCGCUGUGCACGUACUGGCAGUACAUCCCCGAUAUUACCAUCGACGGGAAGAAGGGCAAGGGCGCGUGUUAUUUGAUUCACGAUCAGAUCGAUUUCACGUGCGGAGAAAUGACCGCGCAGUACAGUACGGAGACGAAGCCCGUGCAUCUUCAGGUGCGCAUCGGCGGCGAGUGUAACCCUAGCCCGAAAAUUCUCAACGACCCGCAUUUGGUCGGCGCCCAGGGCACGCAUUUCGACUUCAACGGCCGGCCCGACAAGGCGUUUUGCCUGCUCACUGACAGGAACCUUCACGUGAACAUGCUCCUGAGGGGGUACUAUGACGAGAACACCGAUAACGCGGCGCUUGUUGUUGAAGGGAAGGCCGUGCACACGUGGAUUAAGGAGCUAGGUAUUGUGUGGACGGCUGGAGGCGUGGACCGUAAGUUCCGGAUCGCGGCGCGCGGCGGCAAGCAGCAGGAGCGCGGCGACGGUUUCGUGAAGAGCAUCGAGAUUGACGGCGAGGAGAUCCCUCGCAUGCAGGUUGGCGAUAUGGUUACCAGCGCCGGCGGGUUGACGAUCGAGUUCCGCGGGUUGGAGAAGGAGGGGCCGUUCGAUGUGGAUUAUUAUAUGCUCUCCAUCGCAGGGUUAAUUACCCUCGACCUGCGCCUGCGCGUCGCGCACCCCAAGCUCCAGACCCCCACGGAUGCCGAGGCGCACAUCAACGUCGGGAUUGCCGAGCUCGAGCAUACGGAGGAGAUUCACGGCGUGCUUGGUCAGACGUACCGCGCGGAUCACGCUGCUCGCGCCGCGGAUUUCCAGCGCCUCGUUUCGAGCCUGCACCGUCCGAUCUCCGCCGAUGGCGCCGAGGGGAAGGGGUUCCUGGAUGGGACACCCCGGUCGUAUGAGGCGAGCGAUGUGCUUGCUGUGGACUGCGCUUAUACCGCGUACGGACGCGCCAGGAAGGUGAUGCUCGUGCAGGAGUUCCCGUAA